GUGGGAACAGAAAGGCUGCUUUGAGCUGUCAGAGACCGAGGAUUCUUUAGAUUCUCAUUCUCUCUCUCUCUCUCUCUCCUCUCUCUCUCUCAUCUCUCUCUCUCUCUCUCUCUCUCUCUCUCUCUCUCUCUCUCUCUGUCUCUCUCUGUCUCUGUCUCUGUCUCAGGAAGACUCGAACCGCACAAGAUAGACACGCACUCCGCCACCCUCUUCUUAUCUCCACAGGACAAUUUCUUCACUUUUCUCUUUAGCAUGCUCCCGCGCAGUCUCACCGGUAGCAGUGGAUGUUGAUUGCCAUUCUGGUUCAGUGCAAGGAGGUCAAUGAUGGAAGGACAGGGCAGCCGCUGUAAGAUCGUGGUGGUUGGUGACACUCAGUGUGGCAAAACGGCGCUGUUACACGUGUUCGCUAAAGACAGCUAUCCUGAGAGCUAUGCACCCACGGUUUUCGAGAACUACACCGCGAGCUUUGAGAUAGACAAACGCCGCAUUGAAUUGAACAUGUGGGACACGUCAGGCUCUUCUUACUAUGAUAACGUGCGGCCUCUGGCGUACCCUGGCUCUGAUGCUGUCCUCGUCUGUUUCGACAUCAGCAGGCCUGAGACUCUGGACAGCGUCCUCAAGAAGUGGCAGGUAGAGGCUCAGGAGUACUGUCCAAAUGCUAAGCUGGUGCUAGUGGGCUGCAAGCUUGAUAUGAGGACAGAUGUCAGCACCUUACGGGAGCUAUCCAAACAACGCCUCAUCCCUGUUACGCACGAGCAGGGUAGUCUGCAGGCUAGGCAGCUUGGUGCAGUGGCGUAUGUAGAAUGUUCGUCGCGCUUGUGUGUGAACAGCGUACGUGACGUCUUUCACAUCACAACACUCGCCUCUGUCAGACCACCUGCCCCUGGAUUCAAGCGAAGUUCCUCCCGCCGCGCCCUCAAACGCGUAUCCCACCAGCCCCUGAUUCCAGUCAGCUCAAGAGCCACACCCUUGGAACCCACCCCCACUCUCAGGAAUGACAAAGCCAAGAGCUGCAGUAUCAUGUAGAAACAAAGCCAGCCAGCAAACAGACACAAACACAUGCAGCCUCAUGUUCAGCUGUAAAGAGGAGACUUCUGUAGUUUCAUUUCACACCUUAGGACUCAUCAACAUGCUUAAGCAUAUUCCUCAGAACAGGUUUAUUGACCCUUAUAGUGUUAUCAGUACUAUUUUGCCAAGUAAACAAAGAUGAAUAUAUAUGAAACACAUGGAUUUUAUGCAAAAUUCUUGCAGCCUUGAAUCUCUAGAAUCACUGACUUUUUCAUCACGUUCAUUAGCUUUAAUUGAAACUGGCAGCUGUAGAUCAUAGUGUUGCCCUCACACAGAACUACCCAGUCCCUGCCCCCGGCCGCUGUCCUUCAGUUGAUGUCAUGCUGUAAUGGACCCAUGCAGGCCAGGCUGAUGGAGUGAGGUAGGUCCAGAGUCUGACCUGAUAAGUACUGCUUUCUGUCAACCCUGGGUGUCGGGGCCUGGGCGUCAGGGCUGGCGUCACAGUCAGCAAGCCUGAACGCAUGGUGAGCUAGGACUUUCUGCUCCUUUGCCAUGUUACAGACUGUAAAAUAGAUGGAACUAACCAAGGUUGGUUUGGAAAACAAAAACAGUUCAAACUGUCCCAUACAGAUGAGUUGGCAUUCAGUUCGUUCCAAAUCUUUUCCCACAACUUUGUUUCCAGAGGAGUAGAGAUGAGAAAGCAGGACUGCCUUCACCAGACAUAUUCCUGUUGCAAAUAAA